UGUUGAUGCCCCACCACAACCACUAAUGGCCACCGGGAUACGUGUCUUAUUUAAUGAUUUCGAGGCCCCUGGCGGUCAUGGGGGGCGGUGAGCAGUGCCUGGGGUCAUGUUGCUUGUGUGGGCGGUGUGAGCGUGACCGGGGGCUUGGCAGGGAUGACUGGGGGCCUGGCAGGGGUGAUGGGGGGCUUGGCAAGGGUGGCAGGGGGGGCGAGGUACAGCCAAUACCCCCCGGCGUACAUCAAGCCGGUGUACAUGCCUUCAAAACUGCAGGAGAUGGAGGACAGCGAGAUGAAGGAGUUUGAGUACCGGCCGGUCCGAGCGGCCUACAACACCCACACCUCCUCAGUAUUCCAUGACCCGCUUGUCAGGAAAUUUACCAACCACAUCAUGAAAACGGGAAACAAACCUCUGGCCAGGGAACUUGUCGAGAAGGCGUUCCAGGAGGUCAAACGGAUACAGCUACAGAGACGAAACGAGGCACAAACGGAGGAGGAGAAGGCGGCCAUCUUGUGCGACCCCCUUCAGAUAUUUCACCAGGCUAUAGAAAACGGGCGCCCGGUACUCCAGUUGGUGCCCGUCAAGAGGGGGGGCGUCAAAUAUCAGGUGCCCGUGCCCAUCACCGAGCAUCGUUCUUACUUUGUCUCCAUGCGGUGGCUGAAGGAGGCUGGCCGGGAGAAGGAGAGGACCACACACUUUCCGGAGAAACUUGCAAGAGAACUGCUGGCCGCUGCUAGGAACGAGGGGCGCGUUGUGAAGAAGAAACAAGAUUUGCAUAGGCAGUGUGAGGCAAACAGAGCCUAUGCACACUACCGCUGGAGUUAGGAAGGUUAAAACACAUUCCUAACUUCAUGACAUAUUUUUAUUUUGCAGUUGUGAACAUAAUUCUAGUGACACACACACACACACACACACAGUUGCAAAGUAGUGAAUGUGGUAGUGCUCUCUCUCUCUCUCUCUCUCUCUCUCUCU